AUGCCUCCCGCCCCGCCUCCGGUCUCCGUGCCCGCAAAGCGUCUGCAGCCCGCCCACACCGCCGAGUCGCCGGCUAAGAAACAGUCCAAGUGGUCGCCCGAGGAGGACGCCCUGAUCAUCGAGCUGCGCGGCAGCGGCAUGAAGUGGGAGGACAUCAGCAAGCGGCUCCCCGGCCGAAGCGCCAUCAGCUGUCGCCUCCACUAUCAGAACUAUCUGGAGCGCCGGAGUGAGUGGGACGAGGACAAGAAGAACAAGCUGGCCCGGUUAUACGAGAGGCAGAAAUGUGGUCCAAGGUGGCGGAAGAAAUGGCUAUCCCGUGGCGCGCCGCAGAGGCGAUGCAUUGGCAGCUAG